AUGGCAAUGAUACUGGCAACAUAUUAUCUGCCUUUACAGUACCAAGCAACCAAAGGCCAUUCAGCCACUAAAUCGGGGAUCGACAUCCUUCCGUUUAUGUUAGCAUGUGUUUUAACUGCCGCGGGCUCGGGUGCAAUAAUCAAUGUGACGGGGCGGUAUUGGCAUUUCCUUGUAUUCAGUCCGUUGGUAUCUGCCGUGGCUUCUGGACUUCUAUUUGGCUUGAAUGAUGUAGACAUCUCCAGUGCACGUCUGGCCGGAUUCCAGAUUCUCCUCGGAGUUGGCCUCGGAGGAAGUUUGCAAAAUGUCAUCAUCGCAAUCCAGGCAGAGUACAAUCACGAUGAGAAGAUGAUUCCACAGGCGACGUCUCUCGUAACAUUCACCCAGUUGGGAGGUGGCAUCAUUGGUAUUGCUGUCGCUGGGGCUGUAUUUGCUAACAAAUUAGCCUCGAGUCUGUUCGAUAUCGCCCCAAAUUUCCCUCCUGAGGUAGCUGAAGGCGUGCGACAGAGUGUGACGAUCAUUUACACGCUCCCGCCCGAUCAACAAGGAGUCGUGAUCCAAGCUUACGUGCGUGCACUGAAUUACGUGUAUCUGGUGGGCGUCCCUGUUUGUGUAGUAGCGGCACUUUCUGCGUUCUUGAUCAAGGACCACAACAUCAAGACCAUGAAUAUGUCCAUACAAGGCGGGGCAGCAUGA